AUGGGUUUUACUGAUGCGAAAAAUGGUGUUGGAGCUUUGAGGAGCUUGGUGAGGAGAAAACAGGUUGAUUCUGCUCAUAAGAAGUCAUCAUCAUCUUCAUCAGGGAGUGGCCAUCAUCAUUUGGCCAAGGCUUUAACUGUACCUCAUCUCAUAGCCAUAGGUGUCGGGUCAACAAUUGGAGCUGGUGUUUACAUUCUUGUUGGUACUGUUGCAAGAGAGCACUCGGGGCCUGCCUUAACCUUUUCCUUUCUGAUAGCUGGAAUUGCAGCUGCUCUUUCUGCUUUCUGCUAUGCCGAGCUAGCCAGUCGAUGCCCUUCAGCUGGAAGCGCUUAUCAUUAUUCUUACAUAUGUGUUGGCGAAGGCGUUGCUUGGUUGAUUGGGUGGGCCUUGAUAUUGGAAUAUACCAUAGGAGGUUCAGCAGUUGCGCGUGGCGUAUCCCCUAAUCUGGCUUUGCUUUUUGGCGGUCCAAGUAGUCUCCCUUCAAUUCUUGCUCGACAGACCAUCCCUGGGAUCGGAGUUGUAGUUGACCCGUGUGCGGCUGUCUUAGUUUUUGUGGUCACUGGACUUUUAUGCGUGGGGAUCAAAGAGAGCACAUUUGUUCAAGGAAUAGUCACUGCUGCCAAUAUAUGCGCCAUGAUUUUCGUCAUCAUAGCUGGUGGAUAUUUAGGCUUCAAGACUGGGUGGCCCGGUUAUGAACUCCCCACAGGAUAUUUUCCAUUUGGGGCCGAUGGAAUGCUUGCUGGUGCAUCGACUGUAUUCUUUGCAUAUAUAGGGUUCGAUUCUGUUGCUAGUACAGCUGAAGAGGUGAAAAACCCUCAACGAGACCUGCCGAUGGGUAUUGGUUUUGCUCUGUCUAUAUGUUGUACCCUUUACAUGUUAGUUUCUGCAGUAAUUGUUGGUUUAGUGCCUUAUUAUAAAAUGGACCCGGACACUCCUAUCUCGUCUGCUUUUUCGGCUCAUGGAAUUCAUUGGGCUGCGUAUAUUAUAACUAUAGGAGCAUGUUUUGCUCUUUGUUCAACAUUGAUGGGCUCAAUCCUUCCACAGCCACGGAUACUUAUGGCAAUGGCCAGAGAUGGAUUACUCCCAUCAUUCUUUUCUGAUGUCAACAAAAAAACUCAAGUCCCAAUGAAGAGCACUAUAGUGACCGGUGUACUGGCAGCAAUUUUGGCAUUUUUUAUGGAUGUCGAACAGUUAUCGGGAAUGGUUAGUGUCGGCACACUUUUGGCUUUUACGAUGGUGGCAAUUUCUGUGCUUAUACUGAGAUACGUUCCACCUGACGAGGUUCCUCUUCCACCGUCUUUUCAAGAAGCUAUAGAUUCGGUUUAUAUGCGGCAUAGUAUGAGCAAUAGUCCCGGAGAUGCUGACGUGGAGCCUGUGCCGGUUUUAGCCGGUAAAAAAACGAGGAUUGAGGAUCCACUUAUAGAAAAAGCAGCUGGGCAGCUAAACAGUCUUAUGAACGAGGAAAAUAGAAGGAGAAUUGCUGGCUGGUCUAUCUUGAUCACGUGCAUCGGAGUUCUUAUUCUGACUUCUUCCGCAUCAAGUUUGACCCUUUAUAGUCCUGUUCGGUUCACACUUUGUGGAAUUGGUGGCAUUUCCCUUCUCUCUGGAUUGGUUUUGCUGACCUGGAUUGACCAAGACGAUGCAAGGCACAAAUUCGGGCACACGGGAGGCUUCAUUUGCCCGUUUGUUCCCCUGUUGCCUAUUGCCUGCAUUUUGAUCAACGUCUACUUGUUAAUAAACCUCGGUGGUGCCACAUGGGCACGUGUCUCAGUUUGGCUGGCCGUGGGGGCACUCGUCUACAUUUUUUACGGCCGUAAACACAGCUCGUUGCAUGAUGUUGUUUACGUCCCGGCAGCUCAUCUUGACGAAAUUUACGAGAGGCACAACACUUACCCUUGA